AGACCCCAGAAUGGGCAAGUUGUUACAGAAGUAGAAGAAGUAUGAGAAACGCACAGUUAUCGCCGCGGGUUGCCGUCGUAGCACUGACAGCAGCAGUCUGUGCAGUUUGGCUAUCAGAAGUGUCACACGCACAAACGAUGGAUGAACUUAUCAACAGUGCAGCAAAUGAAAGUAAAGCUUUAGAACUCUUUCAAGAUGACAGUGUCGUACUACGCGAACUAGACAUUUUAGAGCUGCGGGAGGACUACCUCGCCCUCGCAAGAGCCAGGGAAGAGGAGUUUGGGCCUCCAGACAAGGAUGGUAACUACGGGGAGAAACGAAGGCGAAAAAAGAGGAAAGGCAUACGGGAUAGAAGACGACGAUGGACAAAUAAUAUAGUCCCAUACACAAUCUCGUCGGUGAUGAGUGCCUCAGAUCGCAGAGCCAUACAGCAGGCCUUCGACGACUGGAAUACAUACACAUGCAUCCAGUUCAAACCGAGAACAAAUGAAAGGAAUUACAUACACUUGCAAAACGGAGCCGGGUGUUCUUCAUAUGUCGGGAUGUUAGGUCGAGGUCAACAACCAGUUAACUUAGCUCGAGGAUGCAGAUCGAAAGGAAUAAUCAUCCAUGAAUUGGGCCACGCAAUCGGCUUCAACCACGAGCAGACGCGAUACGACAGGGAUACCUAUGUCACCAUCGUCAGGUCAAACAUCCCGGGACAUCUUUAUUACAAUUUUGAGAGAUAUCCACAGUCUUUAACUAGUACGCACGGCGUGCCAUAUGACUACGACAGCGUCAUGCAUUAUGGGCAAUAUGCUUUUUCUACCAAUGGGCGUCGGACCAUUAUAACCAAGGAUCCAGCCAAGCAGAAUACGAUUGGAAACAGAUUUGGGCACAGUUUCGGCGAUGUCAAAUUAGCAAACGCCAUGUACAGUUGCGAUAGCGGCUGCGCCAACAGACCCAGCUGCCCCUCCCCGGGCUUCGUGGACAAAAAUUGCCGUUGUAUGUGUCCAGGAACUAGAAGUGGCGUUCCAGUGCAACCCUGCGGCACCGGAGGGGGCACUGGAGGCGGUACCGGGGGUGGAACCGGGGGCGGGACUGGAGGCGGUACC